CAAAUUGAGCCUUCACGUGAGCAGGCGUCAGCGGCGCGAUUACAUCCCGAAGGGCGCGUUUUGCUGCCUUUUAUAGUCGUGUGCCUCACGCCCAGCCUCAAUCCGUUCCCCCCCCCCUUCUCGACCUGGGGGAAACCCAUCCAUUCCUUUCGAGCCUUCUGCCGGGGGUUCUUCCGAUUUUGGAUGCACUCCUUGUUCGACUUGCCAGCAUUGCAUACUUGUGACAACAUACUCGUCCACCGAAGGCAGAACAGCUGGAACUAUGGCAUCACGACGAUCAGCACGCCUGGCUGCGCUGAUUAGCAACAACGGCAGUAUCACUGACCCGGCACCACCACCGCCGCCUCCGGUAGCAUCUCGUAAACGGAAAGCCGCAACACAGGCCUCGGCAACUGUGGAGGAGUCGGGGCGGAAGGUGCCGUCAACUCCUCGUCGACGACGAACAGCUAAACAGGAUGCCGGGGAGCCUCCGACUCCGACCCCCAACCCAGUCAGCCUGAUCGCGGAGGAGGCUCACUCACGGAAACCGAGACCGGCAGCAAUCACCCGUCUAGCAGACCCAAGCCGCACCAACGCGCUGCUCCGCUCCCCAAAAACAUCCCGCAUCAUCUCCUCCACCCCCGUCGACGCUGUCCCCUCUAAACUCCGUGAGAUGAUCAAGCCCACAGCUGGGACAACGACAACAACAACAACGGCCAACAUCCUCGAGGAGGCGUGCGCGCACCUCAUCAAGGUCGACCCGCGCAUGAAGCCGCUCAUUGACAAACACCACUGCCGCAUCUUCUCCCCGGAGGGCCUUGCCGAGCAGAUCGACCCAUUCGAGUCACUCUGCAGCAGCAUCAUCUCGCAGCAAGUCAGCGGUGCAGCCGCCAAGUCGAUCAAGGCGCGCUUCAUUGCACUCUUCAACAGCAAGGACAACAGCAACACCAUCUUCCCCCGUCCGGAUCAAGUCGCCGCAACACCGCUCGAGACACUGCGCACGGCGGGCCUUUCGCAGCGCAAGGCAGAGUACGUGAAGGGGCUGGCUGAGAAGUUCGCCUCCGGGGAACUCACCGCGCAGAUGCUCGCGGAUGCGCCAUAUGAGGAGAUCCUCGAGAAGCUGACGGCGGUGCGCGGGCUGGGGAAAUGGAGCGUCGAGAUGUUCGCCUGCUUCGCGCUCAAGCGCAUGGACGUGUUUUCCACGGGGGACCUGGGCGUCCAGCGGGGGAUGGCGGCGUUCGUGGGCAGGGACGUGGCCAAGCUGAAGGCGAAGGGCGGGAAAUGGAAGUAUAUAAGUGAGAAGGAGAUGGAGGAGAUUAGCGAGCGGUUUCGGCCUUUCCGGAGCGUGUUUAUGUGGUAUAUGUGGAGGGUCGAGGAGACAGAUAUCAGUACCUUGGAGUGA